AUGCCAUCUCCUGCGACGACACUACGUCCCUCCAAUCGUGGAGGAACUGCAAAAUCCACAAAACCGCUGGACAUCGGAGAACCGCUAGGGGUGCACGACACGAACACGGUGCGCUCUAGAGUGCGAAAAUGGCAGCAACAAGGCGGCGGGGUUGUGACAGUGGACGACCCCUAUGCCGAUGACGAUGAAAAUGACGCGAAGCCGAAACCAAAACCUGCCAAGGUCAAGAUAGAGAAGCUGGAGAAGCCGAACAAAGACAAGCCCCCGACCACAAGGAAACGCAGUCACAGCACACCCCGCAAACGUGUGGUGAGCGACGAGCAUUGGAAACGAACGCGAAAUCGAGCCUCGACCCAAUCCUCGUCGCGCAAUCUACCUGCACCUAAGCGCAUAGCCGAAUAUACCAUAAACGAAGGGCAGCCUAAGUCUUCACGGGGAAAACACAACAAUAGCGAAGAUGAAGAUGGGAAAGCUCACGAUCUUCCUCGAUCUCAGACAAAGCGCGGCACUGGGACAGGCUCUAAAUCUCCUAUUCAAGACACCAAGUCCGCAGGUGCGCGACAGAAUAUCGAUACCAUCACGGAAAGCGACUAUGAGACAGACCAUCCCAAAUCCGUCGAAGCUUCAGAGCUCUCGGAUAGACUUAGGACGCGCUCCCCUCCCCCAGAGGAUGCAUGGGCGGCAAGCGAGGCGGAUUUCUCUGAGCUGUCGAGAAGACGCAAGCGUGGCCCAGCAAAGCCUCCCAAAGGUGGUAUAUUCGCGCACAUGAUCGACGAGUCCAGGAAAAUGUUUGGAAUCCCCGAACCCGAACCGCCGAGACCUACACCUACGCCAACUGCGGGCCGUGGAGCCAAAAUCGAGGCAUGGCUGUCUGAUACACCGGAUCCUUUUAUGGAUGAAGCCGGAUCUCAGAAUGAUAUACCGGCUCCUCUGGAUCUGAAGUCAGGCCGAGCAAGACGAUCUCAAAAACUUGCAGACGGAGACCUACAAGCUACUACCGAGUCAGAAUCAUCAACGAUCAGCGAGCGCCCGAAGAGCUCCGACCGACCAAAGAGUGCUGUGAGUAAGAAUUCCAAGGGAAAGGACAGUUCUUCUUCAAUCGACAAAGGACCGAAGACACAAGAUCGCGACACGGCGCCAGAAUCGAAACGGGCUAGUAUAGAUAAGACCUCCAAGUUAUCUGUCAAGAGCAAAGAGGACAAUCCUGUCGAAGACAAGCCUUAUGAGGAUAGUCUCGCCCCCUCGGAGUCGGAGUUUCAACCCUUUCCAGAUGGCGGCUCUGAAGUGUCGGGACAUAAUGCACCCGUACCGCUUGCCCGUAAGAAGCCAUUCCCGACCACUGGUUACCAUCGUUUAUCAACCAUCGCUUCUUCGGAAACAUUGAGCACCACUCUGACAGAUGGAACUGAGCAUGUACCGAAGCCUACCUCAACCAUAAAACGGCAAUCAACACUUGCCGAGGAAGCAGAAGAAGCAGAAAAGGAUGACCAGUUCGAUCCAGAUUCGCUACCUGUGGUCUCCUCGCAACUAAAAAGACGUCUUACCACUCACAAUGACCUCAUGUCUGUGCUGUCUGUUUCGGCUUCGCGGAGCAGAAGCACCCGAUCGAAUCGAAGUAUUCGCACCAACAAAAGUCGCUUAGCCCACGCGACAGUUGACGAUUUGCUUUAUGAGCUUUCGGGUGACGAGACAAAGUAUAUGCGCGAGCUGAAAACACUGGUCGGGGGUGUGAUUCCGGUCCUCUUGACCUGCGUGUUGUCCCGCUCUGAUUCGGCCAUUGCCGCAGGCCUGUUUCGGCCGUCUUUGGACCCUGAAGACGACCUGAACUUCUCAAAGCCAAUUGUUAACAUGGGAGUCGCGAUCGAACGCCUCAAGAACCUGCACAAGCGAAUCCCGCAGGACAACGCGGAUGCAUUGCUUACAUGGGCGCAGGGUGCCCAGAGAGUCUACCGCGAGUACUUGAAGGCGUGGCGCCUUGGAUUCAAGGAUGUAAUUGUCAACCUGGCUCCUUUGGAAGAAGAUGAAGCCACGAACGAUGCUGACACAAAGAGCCUGGAUGAAGGCUUGGAGCGCGAUGAAAAUGGUGACAUUGUAGAUAGCGAUGGGGAAAAGGUCGAUGUGGCCUAUCUGUUAAAGCGGCCGUUGGUACGUCUAAAGUACCUAGCGAAGAGUUUCAAGGGCAUCAAUAUGCUAGAACCGUCGCCAAAGGCCGAAGAAACUGCCGCCGCCUAUCAAAGUCUUGUGCUCGAUGCCCGAAAACGUGUCCGCGAUGAAAGAGCAAGGUUGGAAGACGACUCUGCUGCCAGUAUCGACCCAACACGCACAAGAGACCCCAUGACCUUGGGCGUCCUCCGAGGCAUCGGCAUUGAUCAGAGUCGCCAUGUACGUGCUCGUGAUUUCUUCAAUCUCUCAUUAUAUCACUCAAGUGGGCAGCUUGUGGAUUGUCGAGCUGAGCUUCUAUAUCGAGACAACCCCUCAAACAAAGGGCCUGGAGGUGAUCUGUUGAUUUGUGAAAUCGAUCAUUCCGAUCGUUGGCUUCUCUUCCCUCCCAUGGACCUGAGAUGUGUUUCAGCCCGCAAGGGGGAAUCGAAGCAUGAAAUUGUGAUCAUGCUGCGCAGUGCUCCUGGGGACGAAACCAAGUACUGGCAAGAAUUGAUCUCGCUCCGCAUUGACGAAGAAGAAGUUGGGUCCGAGUGGGUCUCACUGCUCGGAUCUGACCCUAUUCCACCAUCAAUCUGUCGAAGCCAAAGCUUCAUCAGCCGAGCCAAGCAGAACAAGGCUCGCAAACCCCCUGCCGUUAGUUCUCCGCCCAGGCCACACCCAAAUGACAUUGAUAUUCCCAUUGGCGAGAAGGCGACUGGUAAACGACGCUCAUGGACCCCCAAAGAGCACUCGUCUGAGCCAAGUACGGUCAGCUCUGUUACUGAUCCCAGGAGUUCUUUGUCCUCAAUCAUCACCAGGGAAACUGAUUACACCACUGGAGGAUCUGAGCUGUCUGCAAAACCCGCCCGCCCUGACCUCCCUCUUCUUCCUUCUACCGCUUCUAGGAGCUCGCCAAGCAGCCCGGAAAAGACUCCCACGGGGCUCAAACGAUCCAAGGCUAAGAGACUUUCCCGCUACGGUGACAGCCCGGCUUCCGAGACUGCCUCUCAGCACACUGUUUACGCCAACGGGGGUAGAUUCUAUGGUGAAACGGAGGAAUCCCCAGCCAGGGGAUCACCAAGAGAGAAGUCGCGCUCGAGGAUUCCUCAACCUCAGAAGACGCCUAUUCGGGAACCCGAGCCGGAGUCUCCUAGAGUAUCAUCUGUACCCUCAGCAACCCUCCCAUUGAUUCCCAAAAUCCGAACUCCUAGCAGCCAAACUCACCUUUCUACUCCGACAACCAUCGGCCCCGAAGAGGAGGAAGAUUACCCUCCACUUGAAUGCUUGCCUAAGCAAGAAAUUCCGGAGACGCCAACAAGAACCAGGAGAAGGAAGUCCCGAAGACGGCCAAAGGAUGAUGAUAGUCCUCCCCCUCCCCCGCCUCAUCGCUCGCCUAGCCCUGCAAAUGGCAAGCGCUCAACUCCUCCAGUUCUCACUUCCAGUAGUGGUGGACUCAAGCGACGUGGCUCUUCUCCCCUGAAGCACGAAUAUGAACCCUCUACAGCUUCAGAUUAUUCAGAGACCGACUCGGACGCGUCGACAGUGCGCCACUAUUCCUACUCAUCAUCUGAAUAUUCAAGAUCAGGUGGCUUUUCUGAUUCAGACGAGGACUACUCAUCGGUAUCUGAAGAUGAAGAAUAUGUUCCUCCCAAGCCAAGAGCACCAGAUGCGAUUACUGACGCCAGUUCUCUCUCGCCUUCUAAUUCUGUGUCGCAGAGUGGCUACCGUGCUGUCCCGCUGCAGCCUACCAAGACCAACAAGGCCAUUGCCUCUAUCUUUGCCUGGUCCGACAAAGGCAACUGGGAGAGUUUGCUUCCUGACGAAUGUAGCAUUAUCGUUAGUCCUGGCCUGAUCGAGGCCUUCGCGAUGGGCUCUGAACCUGAUGAAAACUCCGAUUCCACAUCAUCAUCAAGACCACUCAUCUCUCUUGAAUUGACACCACUUGUUCCUAUUCGCCGUGGCACUGCCAUCGAUAUCAGUAUUCGCUCUCCUCCCACCGAGCGAUCCAAGAUCACGUCUAGCAACAACAUCAUGUUCCGGUCAAGCAACCCUGAUGAAUGCGACGCCCUGUACGGUCUCAUCAACCAAUCAAGAAUCAACAACCCAACAUAUAUCGCGCUUCAAAACGCCCGCGGCCCAUUCAACGGCCAAGUCUCUACCUUCGAGCCUGCACCGAAAUCCGGCGGAGGCCUGUUUGGCUGGCCCCGCCGCAGAAAGAGCUACCGCGCAUCAAGCUCUCCGCGCUCUUUAGCCGAAGGAUCCGAAAGCAGCGUGGGAACCAUGAGCAGCGCAUUCUCCGCCCUCAAACGCUUCGGCAAUAGCAGCAGAAUGUUCAACAUUUCCCGCUCAACCAUCGAAUCCCGCACCGGCCGCGAAGGCAGCAUCUACUCCGGCUCCGGUGACUCCGGCAACGAUCCAUCUCUCAAUUCAGGCAUAGGCCGUAUCGCCGCCGCAGUCAAAGGCGCCGACGGCAUCGGUCUCUCAAACGCCAAGGUCCGUCUUUACGCACGUGAAUCCGCCUCCAAGUGGCGCGACAUGGGCGCCGCGCGUAUGACAAUCAUGCCCGCGCCACCCAAGAACCCCUCCCGCCCUGGCACUGGUGUCAGCGGCCGCAGCGAUAGCAGCUCCCCGCAGGGCGAGAACGCCGACAACGCAAGUGGGACUUCACCUCCCGGGUCGGGCUCAGCCUCUCCUCGCGGCGCUAUCUCGACUGAGAAACGUAUCGUCAUUCGCGGAAAGACACGUGGCGAGACUCUUCUCGAUGUCUGUCUGGGCGAGAGCGCCUUUGAACGCAUUGCCCGUACAGGCAUUGCAGUCUCCAUCCGGGAGGAGAAUGAAGACGCUUCCAUCGCCAAGAAGGGUGGUGUUGCUACUGGCUCUGGCAAGAUAUUUAUGAUUCAAAUGAAGAGUGAGGCUGAGGCAGCUUAUACCUUUGGGCUUGUUGGUAAGCUCAGGUAUUGA